CACGGGGCUGUCAAUCGCGUAGCUAACAUAACCUAUAAAAUACCGAACCCAAACAAUAAAAAAUAUAUGUGCAUAAACAGAUUGUCCUUCAAUUGGUCGAUGGAUCGAACCAUGUUUUAAAUUGGAGACUACUUUAAAUCAUUUCAAUUUGUGUCUAUCAUUGAAAGGGGAAUCAAUAAAACGUUAACCAUCGUGAUUUUAUAAUGUUUUACGUGAACUAAGUGUUUUAAAUCUGUUACAGAUUCGGAGAAGUCGAGAAAACGAUCACGUCUUAGGAAAGUCAAAAGCCUUAGAAUAAUUUAAAUUACAUGUAUAUUAGUUCAAACAAAAGUUCCUCGCAAUCUCACAUAAUAAACGUAAUAAAAGACUGAUAAUAAUAGUUAAUGUCACAAGUAAUUUAAAACGUAUUAAAUCGAACGAAGUGAAUUGGGGACCAAUGCCGACAUAAAAGUGAUUAAAAUAGAUUAUAGGAACCAAGUGUCUUAUUGCAACAAUAAGACUUAAGCGGCGGUAGAUAACGUUUGUGAUAAAAUUAAUAUUAUCGAGGAUUUCAAAGUUUUACAAAUGACAGCUAAGACUGAUAACGUAGCAAAUGGGAUCCGUAAUCCAUCAGAGCCGAUCAGUUCGAAGCUGUUCCUCUCAGAAGAGGACCCGGUGAAGCAUGACGUGUCCGGGAGUGUUAUGGACGGUCUUAUAAUGGAGGUAAAGGAUUCUUACACGGUGUUCAGGACACGAUGGGUGAUGUUGGCAUUAUUCGUGCUGUACUCAUCAUCGAAUUCCCUGCAGUGGACUCAGUUUACGAUAAUAUCGGAUAUUAUAGUGAGGUACUAUGGUGUUACGAGCAACGUUGUGUCUUGGACUUCAAUGGUGUACAUGUUAACGUACGUGCCCCUGAUAUUUCCUGCUAGCUGGCUGCUUGAUAAAACGGGUCUUCGAAUAACGACUAUCAUCGGGUCAUUUGGAACAUGUGCGGGCGCAUGGCUGAAGGUGUUCUCGGUACCACAGGAUCUGUUCUGGCUUGGCUUCACCGGACAGACAGUGGUGGCCAUAUCCCAGGUCUUUAUCCUGAACGUACCACCGCGCUUGGCAGCGGUCUGGUUCGGAGCUGAUCAAGUAUCAUCAGCCUGCAGUAUUGGUGUUUUUGGUAACCAGCUCGGCGUAGCUCUUGGGUUUCUGCUGCCUCCGAUGAUAGUACGAGCGCAGGGUACCGUGGAAGAGAUCGGCGCAGACCUACAAUUCAUGUUCUACCUUGUGGCCGGAAUCACAAGCGUACUUUUUGUUUUUAUUCUACUAUUCUUCAAAGCGGCUCCACCAAGUCCACCGUCAGCUGCUGCUGAUUUCGGUUCAAGUUUAGACUCGAACUUCCUCAAGUCGAUUCAGAAACUGCUCACCAACCGGAACUACAUCCUGCUACUUAUCUCUUACGGUCUCAACGUCGGAGUCUUCUACGCGAUCUCGACACUUCUCAAUGAACUCGUUCUUACUUACUAUCCGGGUGCAAACGAAGACGCAGGUCGUAUUGGUCUAGUGAUAGUAGUGGCUGGAAUGAUUGGCUCAGUAGUCUGCGGUCUCAUUCUCGACAAGACCCACCGGUUCAAGGAGACCACGCUCGUCGUAUACGCCGCGUCGGUGGUAGGAAUGAUCAUCUUCACCUUUACCCUGGACUGCGGAUACAUUGCUGUUGUUUACUUCAGCAGUAUCAUUCUUGGAUUCUUCAUGGCCGGCUACUUGCCCGUCGGUUUCGAGUUCGCUUCCGAAGUCACCUAUCCGGAACCCGAAGGGACCACCUCUGGUAUUCUCAACGCUUGCGUUCAGAUAUUCGGCAUAGUGCUGACGCUGCUGUUCGAGUGGAUGCUGGGCGCGGCGGGCGACCGCUGGGCCAACCUGGCGCUGUGCGCGCUGCUGGCGCUCGGCACGGCCGUCACGGCCGCCAUCCGCUCCGACCUGCGCCGCCAGGCCGCGCAGAACAAGGCCUAGGUUGGGCUUUCGGGUUUUGUCUUUCUCGUGUAACUUCUACAUCUACAUACCAAAUAUUUGUGUCGAGUAAUUUGAAGAUGCGAAUUCGAAUCGAAGUUUGACGGGAACAGAAAAUUUACUAUAAUUUUAUUCAAAUAGGGGACUAAUUAAUGAUGAAGCUGCAUCGAAAAUUAGUUUGGCGAAAUCCGAUUAUUCGGUUCGAAUUAUGAAUGUGGGUGGGGUAUUAUUUUACGUAACAUUAUUUAAAAAGCGAAUGCAAGCAAACGAAUGUGAGUGUGGCUAUUUAUAUAUUAUUGUAGAUAAAUAAAAAAGUUUUUGAAAUAACAAUUUUUAAUAUUUUUUUUAGAUAAUAAUUAGAAGAUGAAUAUAUUAACAAUAUUAUAUAUAAAAUAUAUUUCAUAUUAUGCUUAUGGUCCGAUAAAUAAUAAUUACAUUCGAAGAAUAUUUAGUUCCAUAACCACCGCCACGUAAAAAAAUCAUGAAACAGUGCGCCCACAAUGCAUGCGAACUAAAUUAUUGUACUGGCUUAAUAAAAAAAUAUUACUUUUCAACGAAUAACGAAAACUAAUCUCGACAACACGGGGUUGUAACUCUAUAAUGUUUAUUAUACACGCAUUGAAUCAUUACAUUUUCAAAAUGGAAUGAUUCAAUAGUUUUACUUGGUUUUACAUUUAUUUCAAAAAUAUCAGUGACGUGCUAAAAACAGUAACAUUUUUUUAUAAAAUUGUAUUUACAAGAGUUUGUCUGCCUUUAAUUUUUGUAAUCUUUAAAAACAACCGAAAUUUUUAACAAAAAUUUACAAUUACAUUCAAAAUGGCUGCCAUUUACAUACUACAUCGUAAUGGUGAAUAUUGGGCGCCAUUUUUA